UUUCCUACCCAGUCGCCGAUGGAUAGCAGCGCCGGUGUUUGCACUGUUUACGAGUCGAGCGCUGGGUCAACUUGGAUUCAUACCGUUAUGUCGCAUAUGUCCUUCCCGGGAGAAGACGCCUCCGGCUCUUUCUACAUGCCCUUCGAGUCCCAGGCAUCCUCUUCUGCGUUCCAGAUGAAUCCGCUCUCGUUGCAUCCGCCGCGCACACCCCGCACCUCUCUAUCUUCUGCGCACCCACAAUCACAUGGAAAUGGUUUCUCCGGCUAUGAAGGCAGUUCUGCGAAGGAGGAGUCGAAUACUAUUGCUGAGGUGGACGAAGAGGAGGACUUGGAGGAGGACUCUGCGCGCUUGAAACUUGCACAAACGCGCGUCUCAAAUGAAGAAGUCUGGCGCGAGAUGUUCUUGACCAGCAACGGGAGGGACAAGGCCUUUAAAUUGAUACAAUAUGGCUUGAAGUUGUACUUGCUGUUCCAUAACUCUGUCGCCUCUACUCAACUGUUGCACCGCUCGAAGCCACCAGCAUGGGAACAGGAGCUGAGGAGCAGGCUAUCCUCCACGGUGGAUGGGCUCUCACGGACAAGAAAAUGCCUGCUGCUAUUCAACUGGCUCGCGCCGUUAACCGCCAUUCUGGCGCGACGGACGGAGUCUAUGUCUAUGGGUGGUGCCUCCAAACCAAAGGCGCCGACGCCAUUCUUGCAUACGCUGAUGCAUGCGCCGCCGCCUGUGUUACUUGAUCUGGUGCACUCAUCUUCUGAUGAUGUGUACACAUUCUCGCUUCUAGGGCUUCUGUCGAAGGAAACGGGGGAAAGAGCGGCUCGAUUCUCUGACUGGUGCUGGCUGCUUGCCACCCUGGUUGGUCUCGUGGAGAAUGGUGUCGAACGCCAGAUGAUCGGAGGCCUGCAGCAUGAAGUGCAUUCGCGCCUGUACGCAGAAUCUAUGGCAAAUCCGGGUAAAUCAAAGCCGCUGUCCUCGGCGACUGCCAAACAGGACGAGAAGGAAAUGGCGCGAUUACAAAAACAAGAUUUCUGGCUCCAGAUCACACGGACAAAGUUGCUCAUGGAUCUGAUAUUCGUUUCCUACGAUGUCUUUAGACUUCAACGGUGGCGGGACACUGUGAAGACUUGUGCUGGCCUGACAUCAGGCAUGUUGAGUGCCUGGAAACUGUACGAUCGCCACCAGCGAACGCUUUUGAAAGCCGCAACGACUCUUGCAGCCUAACCUUAUUGCUACUGUUCCAUUGACUGUCCGCAUUCGAUUCUAACUCCUGGUUCGUUUACCCGUAGAUUACUUAGGCUAUUUGGUGUUCAUUCUACUCCCCGACCGGUGCUCGGGCUUGCCGCGGAGCUGUCCACCGACUCGUAUUAAGGUUGUCGCACUGACGAGCCGAGCGACGAUGUGUAAUUGGCUGGCCUGCUCACGCCCAGUUCUG